AUGACUCAAGAUCCUCGUGUUCUUUUGCAAAAGGCCGACAAGCUCUUGUCCAGCGCCUCAGGGGGCAUGAGCUGGUUUGGAGGUCGCACCGAGAAAUAUGAGGCCGCUGCGGACAUGUAUACCCAGGCUGCGAACGCCUUUAGGGUGCAAAAGAUGAAUAAGGAAGCCGGACAAACCUUUGAAAAAGCUGCCUCAAUCCAGACUCAGCAUCUCAACGAGCCCGAUGACGCCGCGAAUCUUCUCCAGGACGCCUUCAAGGUCUACCGCAAAUCUGACCCUGAGGAUGCAGCCCGUGUGCUCUCUGCUGCAAUCAAUCAUUACGUACUGCGCGGAAACCUGCGCCGUGCUGCGACACAACAGCAGUACUUGGCUGAGCUUUACGAAGUAGAGCUGGGCGAUAUGAAAAGAGCGCUGGAUGCGUACGAGAAGGCUGCGGAGUGGUUCGAGUCUGACAAUGCCGAGGCUCUCGCAAAUAAGCAUUUCCUGAAGGUGGCGGACCUUGCUGCCCUCGAAUCGGACUACUACAAGUCCAUCAACAACUACGAGCGCAUUGCCCGACAGUCGAUCAACAACAACCUUAUGAAGUGGUCUGUCAAGGACUAUUUCCUGAAGGCAGGUAUUUGCCAUCUAGCAACUAAGGAUUUCGUUGAGACAAACCGUGCCCUCGAGUCUUAUCGUGAAAUCGAUCCCACUUUCUCAUCGACGCGGGAGUAUCAGCUUUUGGCCGAUCUGCUUCAAGCUGUGGAAGCUAAUGACCAGGAGAUUUUCGCUGACAAGCUGUUCCAGUUCGAUCAGCUCAGUAAGCUUGAUAAGUGGAAGACCACACUUCUCUUGCGAAUCAAGAACAGCAUUGAGGAGGCCGAAGAGGACUUCUCUUAG